CAGCCCAACGUUCAGUUCACUGCGAGCGCUUACAGCGUCUGGUGCGUUGUGACAGAAGAGCGAGUAAACCACCAACCGAAAACCCAUCAGGCAAUCGACCACAGAGCCAAACAAACAAAACAAGCCAAAGGAUACAAUCCCGGCGAACUGAACGAACUCGUAUACACAGACAGUGCUAAAGUUGUGCGUGCAAUGAGCCGUGACUCGAAUGUGGCACGAUUUUAAUUAAAUCGCCAGUUAUUGAAAGAAUUAAAACAAAACACAGAGUACGCAUCACAGUCGAAUUCAAUUCCGCUGAACGGGAAACCCACAGACACGUCGUGUAGCACGUUCAGGCCAGGUUCGGAUUCAGAUUCAGAUUCGGAUUCAUAUUCAGAUUCAGAUUCAGAUUCGGAAUCAGGAUCGCAUCGUCCUCGCGUUUAUAUUCACAUGCAGUGCGCGCGAAAAUCCUGUCGGCUGCUCCCGCUGCACUGACUGCUGUCCUUGUCGUAUUGUUUAUGGAUUUGUUGGUCCUGCUCCCGUGCGUCUCCCUCUAACACGUAGCAGAGCCGUCAACAGGUGAACUUGACAGUUGUCUGGAAUGAGUUUGUUGCUGUCAAAUUGGAUUCAUUAGCUCCCGCUUGAUGUUUAUGCAGCGUCCUUCGACAUUAAGCGCCAAUCGGAUUCAGUGAGCCAAAGGUCCCGACCUCCCAUCAGUAAAAGGGAGAGGAAAACAAUUUUAAGAUUAGUCCGAGGCCGAAGCGAAAACAAACGCACGCCCCUCGCGAGUCUCCCCGUUCCGCAAUGCCUCUGCCGCGCACUCACCCUGCGCUCUGGCUUCUUGCCUGGCUGGUCCUGGCCACCGCCGGCACCCUGGCCUUCCCCAACAGCCAGUCCCGCCAGCCGCUAGUCACCUAUGUGACCUCCUCGUCCUCGUCCUCGUCAUCGUCCAGCCAGCGAAGCCCGGCCGCCAGGCAGCACCUGCAGCCGGCGUUCGUCUACGACUCCCCUCCCCCAGAGGGCGAGGAGGGUCCCCAGGAUGCCCGUGAUGCCCAGGCUCCCUCCUCAGCCACAUCAACUUCUCCGUCCACGUCGUCGGCGUCGUCCAAUGUCCAGACCGAAGAGACUGGGCCUUCAAAGAAAGUCAUCGGUUCCAGUGCAACCGCGCCAGUGUCCGUCGUCCUCGAUGGAAACGAGCCGCAGUUCACGGAUGCCCUCGGACAUAAGGUGCCCAAGCCACAGCCGUCGCUGCAGGUGGCCAGCCCCAUCGUGCUCCUCAACCCAGACCGCUACGAGUUCUACACGUUCGACGAGCACGGCGAGCUGGUUAAACGGCUUAUGACCAUGCAGGAGAUUCAGAGCAUCGUGGCCAACGGCGACGGCGAGGGACCGUCCAUCAUCCACCCGGCCCCGGUGUCUGAGAGUAGUCCGGACAAGAGCGUGCAGAACAUCGUGGACAGCGUGCAGAGCGUGCUGAACAAGGAGGUCGCCUCCAGCUCGGCUAAGAACAGCUCCGGGGAGCUGCUGCCCCCUCUCUUGGACACACCCGAUGUCUCCUCCUCCUGGUCGCUCAUCUUGCCAGCCAUUUUCGGCAACACGGGUGGCGAUAUUUUCCCGCAGCAGCGUCCGCAGCAGAUUGUGAUGACGCCCGAGUCGGAGAUUCUGGAGACUUCUACCAGGGUUGCGCCACCAGCCACGCGGGCCACCAAGAAGCCGAAGCCGGCGAAGCGGAAGCCGGGCACCAAACGCAAGCCCGCCACCACGACCAGCACGACCCCGGUGACACCGCAAGUGGUGCAGGAGGAGCUGGACCCCAUGGAGUCCGUAUACACGGGGGUUCAGCAGUACCAGCAGGUGGCCGCCAACAUGCCGGAGUUCGAGCUCCUCCACAUGCAGCCCAUCUACCAGAAGCUGCCUCCCACCACCCGCCGGCCGGAGACAACCACGCGGCGCGUGUUCUACAACAACCAGGAGAUCAUUCACACGCCCACCUCCUCGAGCAGCGCCCCCUCCAGCACAGAGGUGGUCUUCACUCACCAGCUGGCCAAAAAGCCGGGAAGUGUGCAGCGCAAGCCGCCCCAGCCGCAGCGCGUGAAGAAGCCCAGCGGUGGCCCCGCGGCCGAGACCUCGUCCCAGCCCUCUGGCGGAAAGCAGAAGCAGAAAAAGAAGACUACCACCACGACAACCACUACGACGACCACUGCAGCCCCCCAGAUCGAGACGGAGGCACCCACGCAAGUGACGCAAGAGGAGCCUGCACCGGCGGAAGGCACGCCCUCAACCACCACGCAAGCACCGUCGGCGACUACGACGAAGAAGAAGAAGCGGAAGCCCACACGAACCCCGGGGACAGGACCUUCUGGCGUCAGCUCCAAGCCUUCGAAACCGAAGCGCAAGCCCACGUCCAAACCAAAGCCCCUGAUCCAGCCGGAGGGUGAGUCGGCAUCGGCUGGCUCUGCUCCAAAGCCGCAGAUCGCGGGCGCUCAGAAGCCGUCCAGACCGCAACGACCCCAUAAGAAGCCAAAGCCAACGCCCACGACAACUACCACAACCAGCACAACUACGCCAGUGCCGGAAGAGACAACGACCACGACCACUGCCGAACCUACGACUACCUCGCCAGAGGCUCCCACCACUGAGCCACCGGCAGAAGAGCCGGGCACCACUACUCCGGAGCCCCAAACCACAGUCCCCUCGACAACGACAUCGACGGAGGCUCCAACAACUACUUCAGAGGCUCCAGCAACUACUACAGAAGCUGCAGCAACAACUACAACAACAGAGGCUGCCACAACAACAACAACGACUACAACAAAUGCUCCCACAACGACAACAACAACAGAGCCUCCCACAGCAACCACAGCAAUACCACCUGCGCUGCACCACCAGAAACUGCACAACAAACCCGCUAACCGCCCAUCCACAUCGACAACCCAGCACCACAACCGAAUCCACGCCAAGCCUGUUCACAGCACCACAACCGAAUCCAGCAAGAUGGCUGGAAAGCCCCAGCCCGAAAGCUACGGGCUGGUCAACGUCAUUACGGCUUCAAGCACCACCCACAAGCCGUUCUAUCCGAUGCCCAGCUACGACGACGACUCCGCUCAGAAUACCCCAACUUUACUCGUCGAGCCUCCGGCGCAACACUCGCCCCUGAAAAAGACUCCAUUGCCCUCGCUGGCGCAGCUGCAGCAGCAGUUGCACCUCAGCUCACCGUCGCCAGCCCCCCAACUCUCCCCCGCCCAGAUUCUCUCCAUGGACCAAAUCGUGCAGUCGCUCACCCAGGAUCUCUCGAGCUCAGACAACGCCGAAGAGGAAUCUGCUGCGCCUCCCGUGAGAUACGACAGUGCUGAGAGCAAGCUGCAGAUGGAGGAGCUGGCUGAUAAGAAGAAGGUAGCCGUGGUCGCCAGCCCCACCCCAACACCAACUACGUCAACGACAACUACCACUCAGACUCCUGUUUCGUCCUCUAAGCCAACCACAAUUUUCACUAGCAACAAGCCCCUGACAUCCCACUACGGCGGUAGCACUUUGGCCACUAUGCUCUCCGAAGAGGGGGAGGACGCAACUGACUCCACCGAAUCUUCUGUGACACACCAGCAGUCGGCUGAGACCACGCUCAGCAGCCUCGAGGACGACGAGGAGGAGCAGACCCCAGUAGUGGUGAUCACCGCCAAACCACAGUACUUUGCAGUAACCAGAAAACCGGAGCCUCUUAUGCCCACUAAGUCCAACGGAAGCCCGGACGAGCCGGAGACCACAGAGUUGCCCGGACAGACCCAGUUCCUGGUGACUACUCCGAUGUCACCGCUGGAAGAACUGGAAGCCGCCACCGAGCAGUCCGUUAUCGAGUCCGACAACGAGCUCAAGCUCGAGUCACUAGGUGAAAAUGUGUCGGAGACAAACGGACCCUAUCCCGCCAGCGGCUAUAGCCCAGACCCCGUGAAGAUAGAAGACAAGUCGGACGCACCGGUAGCCCCCACAGAACAGGCAUUGCGACUGCCAGUUUCGGAGAGCACCACAGUGGCCGACUUUGACAGUACGGAAGUGACCCCCAUGAUCGCCGACCUAGUGCAGCAACUCAACCUCGAGAUGCUGAAGCCCACGGAUCAGAUAUCCAUGGCCAACUUCCAGACACAGGCGGCCACCGUGGCCUCCACUUUGGUGGACGGCAGCAACUCGCUUGUCCCAGAUGUCCCAGUAAACUCCAACGAGACAAAAGACGAGCUGGAGUUUCUUAUGUCCGAUGUUAUCCAGCAGAUCACCCAGACCGACGAGAGCAAGCCACCACAAAAAGCCCAAUCCAUUGACGACUCACUCCGCCUGACCAAUUUUGCCCAACUCAAUACCUCUUUCCUGCUCCAACCAAUGCCAGAAAAAUCUGAGGAAUCUGGGGAGUCCGAAGAAUUCCUAAAACUGCAGCCGCAGCAAGAAUCAAGUCUGCCGACCGAGACUACAACAGCCGCGGUCGCGCCCAAGGUUGAAUCCUCAACGCCAAACGCUCUACAUGCAGGACCCACUGUUGAAGUUCCAUUGUCCCAAAUAAACUUGGAGACAAGCACGCACCGGAUUCCCAUUCUUUCGCUGUCCCAGAUAUACGCGCAGCAGCAGCAGGACGAAGAUGAGGAGCAGCAGGAAUUUGCCAAUGAACGACUCGAGCUUCAACAGACUCCGGAGCCUUCCACAGCAGCCCCGCCGGUGGAGACCACAGAGGCGGAAACUGCAGAACCACACACUGCCACCACCGAGCAUCAGGCGCCACAGGAUAACAGCCAGGAGACCACUUCCAGUGAGGAGGCUUCCGGUAGCGCAGAGUCUACGACCAGCUAUAGCGAGGCUCCCGAAGGCUUCACGCACCACAACAGCGAGGAGGAAAUGCCCGAGCUCCUGACGAAUGGUUACAACGAGCAGCAGCAGACGGAGUCAAGUGGCGUCCCGGAAAGAGAGCCAGAGCCUUUUCCCACCACGGAGAAGUUUGGGACGGAAGAGCCAACGACAACGCAACAGUCUGUGAGUGAUGAAACGACAUCGGCCACAAGCACUUACCAAGACGCACAGACAGAGGAGGAAUCUCCAACAACCGUAAGCGAAGAGUAUCCAGAAAAAAAGCCCCAGGAAUCCCAUGAAAACCAUGUGGUGGACAGCGCCACCAACGCAGCACAGGUACUGCCCCAAUACCAGGCUCCAGUCAGCGGGGAACAGGAAGAGGCCGAAGUGCCUGUCACGGAAAUACCGGGGGACAUGUCUUUGGCGUCUUCUGACUCGGACAUGUCGCUGACCUCCGAACAGUUGACCGAAAAAAUCGAAGUGAGUACGGUGAAGUCGCAGCAGUUGGACGAUGAGUCGAUGGAGGAGGUUUCCGACGAGCUGACAGCCACCAUUUCGGACGAACAAGACUCCUCGGGCGCCGAAGGAGUGACGAGUGCUCAGAAAGUACAGCUGGAUGACGAGGAUCCCUACGUGAAGCUCGGCGAAACGACGGCGAGUGUGGUGCGACCCCUAAACUCACACUCUCAAGAGGGCAGUGGAGACAAGACCGUCGUUGAACCGCAGGUGGACAGUUACAAAGUGGCAUUACCUGUGUCCAGUUACGGACAAUCUCCACCGGACCAGGCCGAUGAGGAAGACGAGGAGGAUCAAAUCGCUUACCAGGUGCAGGUCUCUUCACCAUCCAGUACAACAACUACGACGACGACUACCCGGAAACCAGCUACGGAGAGCCCGAGUACCACAGCUAAAUCCACUACCACGAGUGCUCCCGCAACGACGACAAAGCGACUGAACACCUUGAAGCCAGUUUCCUACUAUGUACAGCCCUCGCUUCUGGGUGGCUACAACCAAGUAGAGUUUCAGCCACCGAAGGUGCUGCCCUACAGUGCCAACAAGGCAGACCCGGCUCAGCCACAAACUUCGACCCUCAGCCAUUUUCCAGCCUCGUUGAACCAGCAGAGGCCCUCCCAGCGGCCCCCGCUUCUAACCAAUCUAAUGGCCAGCUCUACUCAGUCAACCCGACCACCCGUGAAGCUGGAGCCCAGUCCGGAAUACUCGCAGGGGCUGGAGGCCUCCACCGCGCUCAUGGACGAAGACCUGAAGUCCUUCGCCCGACUUUGCAACGAACUGGCCUUUAGCUACUGGCGCGCCAUCACCUCGGAGAAGAUCAGCUCCGCCAGAAGCCUGGUCAUCUCCCCGUUCGCCCUCACCUCCAUGUUAUCAAUGGUGUUCCUCGGCGCGCGCGGAAGCACCUCCGGUGAGAUGAACGAAAUCCUGAAGCUGGACGACAUGGUCACCUUCAACCCACACCUGAUCUUUAAGAACAUAACCACUUCCGUGGAACAGGCCUCGGACAGCGACAUCGCGACCGCGGCGUUCGUGCGGGAGAUCUUUAGCGACCGGGCCAAUGGAAAAAUCCUGCCCUUCUUCAAGGAGAAGACCCAGCAACUAUACGCCGGACAUGUGGAGGAGGUUAACUUCCACGUGGUGAACGACAUCGUGCGGCGCCGCACAAACCUGCUGGUGAAGCGGCAUACGAUGGGCAAGGUGCUGGAAUACCUUCGCACCAACAGCGUGUGGGUAAACGGACCCCUGGCCACUAUCUCGGCCAAUCUUUUCCAGACCGACUGCUCGCGCGGCUCUACCGCGGACCGCGACGGGGAGAUGUUCUUCCAAGUGCACCCGACCGUGCGCCAGCGCCGGCUCGUGCCCAUCCCGGCCGUGCUCUACCGCUCCGGUUUCUCGGCGGGCUACGAGCCCAGGCUGGACGCCACUGUGGUGGCCUUCGGCCGCGUGCAAGACACGGUGAGUAUGGUCUACGUGAUGCCCGGCCACCAGAGCUCCAUCUCGCCGAUGGACAACCUGGACCGCCUGGAGCGCAGCCUGGUGGAGACUGCGUUCGGGGAGCCGCAAGCAUGGAGCCGGCUGCUCACCUCGCUGAUGGACCGGCCGGGCAUGGAGGUGCAGCUACCGCGCUUUUCGCACCGCUCCUUCGUGAACGCCUCGCUGGGCCUGCAGAAGAUGGGCCUGCGCGGGCUCUUCAAGUCGGACUUCGCUGACCUGCGGGGCCUGACCGGAGCCGGGAACCGUGACAUCUUCCUGUCCGACAUGAUCCAGAUCAACACGUUCAGCACCUGCGGCGAGGAGAAGAUCUCAGAGCACCACCACGUGGAAAUGUACCCGGCGCCGCCGCUGCGCAAGCGCAACAAGGACGUGGACGCCACCGAGGACGACGCCGCCGACUCGUCAGAGGCCGUCGUGGACUUCGGCUCGCUGGUGCAGGAGUCGGCACUGGGCAGGGGCUUCUACGACGACCUGCUGGACCCCAAGUACCUGGAGCUGCCGCUGCCCCUCCGGCCACGGCAGGCGCGCGUGCCCGACGCCCCGCGGCUGCGCUUCGACAAGCCCUUCCUGUACUUCGUGCGCCACAACCCCACGGGCAUGAUCCUGUUCAUGGGGCGCUUCAACCCGCGCCUGCUGCCGUGAAGCGGCUGCCAGCCGUUCUCUUGUUAAUCCUUUGAAUGUGACUUAGUGAAUUUACGCCGUACUUGUAACUUUAUCCCUACGAACACUGCUUGCUGUGCCUUAAUCCCGCGUCGCCGCUCGCCGGACUGGCCGGAUACGAGAUUGAUGCGCAGCAAUCGAUUGCAUUUGCCAGUGGCAGCUGCAAUUACUCUCCGCGCGCAAUAUGAAAUCAAAUAUCUUAAAUGCUUAAAUACAGUUUGCGCAAAUUUAUUUCCAAUUUUUCUGGCUUGCAUUUAAUUUGCCGCAUACUAACCGAAUGCGGCAUUGUGUAUGGUAUGGAAAUGCAUUUUUUACUUCGUUCGCUGUUCGCCGAAAAUCGCCCGCUUCGCAAACAAAUGGUGAACAAAUAUGUAGGCGGCGAAUGCGAAUGCAAUCGAAAAUUAAAUGCAAAUGCAAUCAUGGAAUGCGUCAAUGUUUUGGCAACUGAACAAAUGUAAUUUAGUAAAAUAAACUUUACGAAUACGCAAACUAAAAGUUAUGUAUGCUAUUAUGUAAGCUUAAACAAAAACUCUUAAUAAACAAAUAUAAAUACAUUCUACAAAAAAAAA